GCUGCUCUCCUAUAUAGUGUGCUGAACAGAGUAGCUGUCUCUUCACAAACGCUCACUGUAUCUUCUCGGUGCUGUUGUUUGGUAAUUGGCGAGGGUUUUUCCCCCCCUUAAUCUCCCCAAAUGAAGAAAGCUGUGCUUUUCAACUUGUGGGGCGUCGUCGUUACUCCUCACCCACUACAGCAUUUACUCGAAAAGUUUUCAAACAUUCAAGGAGAUGGUAUAUCCAACUCGAGUGACAAAAGAAGCAGUGAGAAUGCUGUGGUUCGUGCUGAACGGGGGAUAAUCACCUUUUCUCAGAUGAUUGCAGAACUGGAAUCUGAGUGUGAAAAAGAUGCAGUCAGUCAGACCCUGUCUGCACCGUUCUCUGCCCUGAAACUCUAUGAUGAGAUAAAGAAGGUGCAGAUUAAUAGCAAUGUUCUUGAUGUUUCUGCCACACUCCAGAGAAAUGGCAUAAAAACUGGUGUUGUAGCCAAUAUCUGGGUUGAUGACUCUCCUCAGAGGGACACACUGGCUAAGAUUCUAUCCACGGUGAAGAGCUGUUUUGAUGUAGUAGUAUGCUCUUGCCACACUGGAUCAAGGCUUCCUGAACCUGCGAUAUUUCACACUGCCUUAGAUGAGUUGACCGUUAAAUCCAACCAGGCUAUCUGGUUGGACACGAAUGAGGAAAGUAUUCAGGCAGCUGAAAGCUUGGGCAUGACAGCUGUUAAGAUUACUAAUAUCAGUGAAGCAAUGAUGGCAAUAGAGAAAGUUACAGAGAUAAAGGUUACUAAUGAGCAACAGCCUAUCAGCUGUAAUCCUGAAGAGAUCAGCCAUGGAUAUGUCACUGUUAAGCCUGGGGUGAAGAUUCAUUUUGUGGAAAUGGGGGAAGGGCCUCCAGUCCUGCUCUGCCAUGGAUUCCCAGAAAGCUGGUUUUCCUGGAGAUACCAGCUUCCUGCCAUGGCUAAUGCUGGAUUCAGGGCGAUUGCUGUAGACCUAAAAGGUUUUGGUGACUCGACUGUUCCAGAAGAUAUUGAGGAGUAUUCUCAAGAAAAUAUUUUACAGGAGCUGGUGACCUUUCUGGAUAAGUUGGGCCUUACCCAGGUUACUCUGGUGGGUCAUGACUGGGGUGGUGUGUUUGCAUGGAACAUGGCUCUAUAUUACCCAGAGAGACUAAGGGCUGUGGCUUCUCUCAACACUCCCCUUUUCCCUGUGGAUCCAAACAAAAAUCCAAUGCAGGCACUUAAGGCUUUACCAGUUUUUGAAUAUCAAAUCUACUUCCAGGAGCCUGGUGUAGCAGAGGCUGAGCUGGAGAAGGACCUGGAGAGAACUUUCAAACUGCUGUUCACUGCUAGUUAUGAGAAAGGCACUCAUCCUCAACUGGAUACAAUUGGGGUCAUUAAGAGAGGUGGUCUGUUAGUUGGAAUGCCAGAAGAAGUUCCCAGAAGUGCUAUUCUGAGUGAGGCAGAGCUGCAGUACUACAUCCAGCAGUAUAGAAAGAGUGGCUUCAGGGGUCCUCUGAAUUUGUAUCGGAAUGUAGAGAGGAACUGGCGCUGGAUGUGUUCGAGGCCAAGGGGCAAGAUCCUGAUGCCAGCAUUGAUGGUGACUGCGGGGAAAGACAGGGUGCUUCUUCCCCAGUUUUCCACUGGCAUGGAGCAAAUAAUUCCCAGUUUAUCGAGGGCUCAUAUUGAGGACUGUGGACACUGGACCCAAAUGGAGAGACCGACUGAGACCAACAAAAUUCUGAUUUCCUGGCUAAAAGAAAUACACCAGAAAAUGUCCAUUCCAUUCUUGCCUAAGCUAUGAGAUUAUUAUAAAAUCCUUGCUCAAGAGUACAAGCUUACAGGCUGGCAGAAUGCAUUUACUAUAGCAUUCCUCACAUAUUUGUUUAUCAUAUUAUAUUUGUAAAAUUUGCCUUAAUGCAUUGCAAAAUGUUUUGUUUAAAGCUUUAUACAUAAGACAAAACAAUAAAUAUGGAAAUGUGUUAUGUUGUAAAAAGUAUAUUCAGCAUUGUGCACAUCUUAAAUACACACAUCACAUUCCUGAUAAACUCAAAAGUAUUAGUCUUGUUCCGGCUUUACAUCAUAGCUAGCAAUCAACUCAUUCAAAGCCUCCACUGUUAUUAAAAUUUGAAAGGAGACAGUAGCUGUUAUUUCCUUAGCCGUAGCUUUGAUUAGACAGUCAUGGAAACCCGCCCAAUACAGGUCUCUAUGUUGAGGGACGUUGAUUAGUAUGACCCGAGCCUGCCUCUUUUAAUCAAGUGAGGAGAAUUAAAAAAAGAGCAAAGGAAGAACUUCACUGUGAAUCCGGUGUCCUCAGGAAAGACUCAGUAUCCACCUUAGCCCUGACAAAGAUAGUUAAAAGCUUCCAAAUUAAGAGCUUUGUUGUGACAACAGUGUGGGCCUGAGGAAAAUCAUUUAGCCAGAAUCAGUAAAAUCUUGAAAAUAACAUGCAUCACAUUUUAAAACUGCUCAUUAGUUGCUAAAAAAAAACAAUAAACCAAUAUUCAAACAGAAAUCAGUCUAUAGGGGGUGAAAAAAGCCAUUUUGAAACUGAGAGAAGAGAAGAUGGAAACCAUUGGUGUAUUAACAAGCAGAUAUGAAACAGGUUGGCCAAGGAAAACAAUCACAAUUGUUGACAGAAAAAUUGUGUAAAGAAAACCCUAAAAACAAUACAGUGACAUAAUCAACCACAUCCACGCGGCAGGAGUAAAGGUAUUACAAACCAGAAUUUGAAGACGACUUGGAGCUUAGAAAUAUAGUGGCCAUAUCACAAUAUGCAAACCAUUUGAUUGGAAAGGACAAUUUAGAUUUGCGAAGAAAUACAGAGAUGAGAAGAACUUCAUCAUGCAGCAGGGCAAUGACCCAAAACACACUGUCAAAACAACAAAUUGGUUCAUCUGGGGAAAAGAGUAAGGUUUUAGACUGACCGGACAAGUCAGUCUCCUGUCUAUUGAGCAUGCAUUCCACAUCUUAUAGGGGAAACUAAAGGGAGAAACAUCCCAAAACAAACAACAACUGAAAAAAUAAAACUGUGGUACAAAUAUAGAAAGGCAUUACAUAAGAAGAAUUUUACAUUAAGAUGAUUUGUUAAUUAAAAAUUGGGUGUUCUAUUGCAAUGAAUGCCAUGUUUUAAGCUGUAAAUAUGUUAAUAUGUGAUCUGAAAUUUAGCUUUUGUCUUAAUAUUUUGGUCACAAACCCAAAUAUCUUUAUUGUGUUAACAAAAACAAAAGACUUGGCCUUGCAAUUUCAGUGCUUUGACCAUUCAUGGUGAAUUCGGUGUCCUCAGGAAAGACUAUUCACCUUAGCCCUGACAAAAAUAAUGUAGAAUUGAGGAUGAAUAAAUAAAUGAAUGCUCUAUAACUAAAUAUUGCAAACACAGAUUAAUAAAUUGAUUGUUUCAUUGUGUGUUGUAGCAAAAACAAUGAUGACAGAUGCUCUGUAUUAUAGCAAGCUUGAGAAUUUUGAUUAAGAUCUUCAAUUGUGAC